GGGCAGCACUUUUUUCUUUAUAUGGAGGGGCAGGGUUUUCUGACAACAGCAGAUAUUUUUUUCGAGCACGGAGGUGGCGCUCUUUGAUUUAGUCACAGUUUAAAAAUAAGCUAUAUCAAGUAUGAGCCACUGUUCUUAAAAAUAAUAACAGAAAAAAAUGGGUUAUGUGUGAAGAUCUCUUUGAGCAUGCGCAUAAGUACGCGAGGAACAACCACUUCCGCGUCAAUGAAUGGGUUCGAGAGUUAUAAUACACAGUACGAGAACGUGUUUCAGUGAGUGUCGCCGGCUGUCGGCUACUGUUAAUCAUCUGAGACAUUUCGGAAAAGUUAAAAUAAACGAUAUGGCAUAUACUGCAAUAGAAAGAGGUUCCCUGAACACUGGAAACUACCGAGUUUUUUUCAGUAAGUGUAUUUUCUUGAAGCUUUAUUAAUUGCCCGUGUAAAAAAAAAAAAAGUUAAAAAUAGGCUUACUAAAAACUUCGACCUACUUUCGUAACCCUAAAUUAACUACUGACUACUGAUUGGCAACAAAAAGACACGGUUAGUUAAUUUGCAUUGGAUGCUCAACCUAAUAAUUAAACUUUAAAUUUGAGUAAAUCAAUAGCAACUUGUCACUUAAAUAAUUACUAAAUAAAUAGUAAUGUUAAGUUGGGUAAGCCUACAAAUACUACCACACAUUUCAAUAAAUAUAAAUUAUAAUUAUUAUACCAACCGACCAACACUUCCACUUCCAAUUUUACUAAAUUUUAAUAUAUAAAAGUAAAAGAUCCAUACCAAUUUUUUUAUUAUUACCGGUAGGCAACAAUCUUGUACCCCAAUGAAAUGAUUGUUUAACUACUAUUUUUACUUAGUCUCCACCUCCUACAAAUAAAAUCAAAGUUUAAAUUUAAAUAUUAUAUUUUUAAACAUUUCUUCAUUGACAUUUUCAUCAUUGGUCUGUCUUUUGUUCUUAAUUUUUGUACUUUUUAUCAUAAUCAUGUUAUUCAUGUUUUGGCCUAAUUUAAAUUACAAUGUAACUAUGGACAUGGAUAAGUCACAAGUCAAUUUUCUUAUUCUAAGUCUGCAGCUCUUUGCAAUUAAUAUUAAAUAAAUAAAAUAGAAGUAGAAAUCAUUUUCAAUUAAAUUAUAAUAAAUUGAAAUUAAAAGCUGAAAAUCCACCUCUGGACACCCCCCCCCCCCCCCCCCCCCCCAAAGGUUGGGAAACCCUCUAACUUCUGAGUAGGCCUUUUAAUUUUAAUUUAAAGUCUUUAAGUUAAGUGCAUGGCCCAGGCACUAUGUAUAAAUAAUAAAAUCAUUAAAAUGUAAGCUAGGCCUAUUAUACUUGGUCUUGGUAAAUUAAUAGUACUUAAUUGGUCUGUUGAUUAGCCUAUAUUUUAAUUAUUUAGUACUAUGGUAUUUAAUGCUGGUUGGAUAGAAUUUAACUAGUGUAAUGCUUUUCUUAAGGUUAAAAUAUUAUAUGAACUGUUUUCAUUAGUACGGACUGUACAGACCUGGUUUUUGGACAUUUGUCCUUGUUAGUCAUAAAAGUGUAUUUGGACACACAUGGUGAUAAAACUGUUUAAAUUUUUUUUAAAAAAUGGUCAUCUUAUGGAAUUGUGGUUGACCAAGGCAAAAAUAGUAUGUAUUAGACUUGGCCACAUGCCUUGUAAAUGAUUUGAUCAUUGAGUUUAUGAAUAAUUUGAUGAUUAUGGCCCACUGAUUAUUUUCAUGCCUUAAUUUAAGGCUUAAGCAUAUAAGCAUUAUAUUACUGACUACUUAAUAUUUUUGGAUGUUAAAGGAAAGUAGGGCCUAGACUAUACUAUAGGCUAUAGUGUAAUUUAAAAAGCAAAACACAAAACUGUCAACCAGUAGUAUGGUAUUUUUAGAGCUCUAACAUUCAUUCUUUUGAUAUUGGUAGGAAUUUAUUUAAAAAGAGAGAGGAUGUAAGAAAGAGCUUUAAAAAACCCCCAAAAAACACUUAAAUACAAUAAUAUUAUUACAUUUUAAUGUGCUGUGUGUUUUAAAUAUUUUAAUUUCGGUUUUGUUCUUACUUUAUCAUGAUAUGGGUCUAUAUUUCCUGUUACCAUUCACAGAAAAUUCUGAUGGAAUUCCUAUAUCACCAUUCCAUGAUAUUCCUCUUUUGGCUGAUGCCCAGAACAAUAUUUUCAACAUGGUUGUGGAGAUUCCCCGAUGGACUAAUGCCAAAAUGGAGGUGAUAUUUUCUGACUAAAAUUUUUUUUUUUUUAAUGUUUGGAUUUACAAACAUAUGCAACAUGUACAACUUGUACAACUAUUUUCUGAAUUUAAAUGUCUAUUCACUGUCAUCCUCAACUGAAAUUUCCCAAUUUGAAAAUCUGGUACUUUGUAGUUAAAAUAUGUCUGAUACAUUUUUCAUAGGGUUGCUUACAUAACUAAUGCUUCGACUUGCAGUUUUAAAAUAUCAUGUGCUAAUUCCAGAAAGAUGCUUCUUGGAAACUAAUUCUUUUCUUAUCUAAAUGCAUAGGCUCCUAUCUGUUUUAUUUCUUGUUGUUGUAAUUGAGAUCAUGAGGAAUCCAUUGCAAUAGAAACAUUGUCAUAAAUUUAAUGAAUAGAAAACAUAACAUCAUCCAGUUGCAAUCAAGCUCUUUGUGUGUUGUAACAGGCUGCAAUAACUUGUAUAGUUUUACAGAAACAAAUGUAUACACUAUGAUUUCCCAAAAGAUCAGUUUCCUGGAAACUAUAAACAAUGAAUGAGGUGUAGUUUCCUGGAAACUAUUGACAAUGUAUGAGGUAUAGUUUCCAUGAACUGUCAGCACAGCAAAAAAGUGCCAUGUUUGUUCACUAAAUGUUUGUGUACAUUGGUCAAGUCAAAUUGACAAUAAAUAAAUGAUCUUUGCUUUCCCUGAGAAUAAUUGAGAGUCCACCAUAUACAGAAUAGUGCCCAAAAAGAUACAACUAAAUGUGAAAGUUGUCCAGCAUGGAGGUGAAUGAAACACUGACUGGGAUUGGCUUAAUCUCUUAGACUUUGACCUAACAUUUUUUAUUUCCCCUGGUCGUAAUCCACCUUUCUUAUUGGAGGCUGCUCACUGCUACCCAGAUAGUACUCCAAACCUCUCCACUAACUGCACAUUUCCCCGUUUAAACAGUUGGAUAUAUGGGAAGCAUGCUUCCAAAUUUAUUCCAAACCUUACCGUCACACUUAACCUCUUUCUUGCCACAAUUAUUUGAAUUGGAACCGAAUUUUAGCUCGUCCAGUUAAAGUAUCUGAGCGAAUAAAUGUAACAAAUUGUCAGAGUAUCUGGUAAUGUACAGCUAGAGGCACUAUGAGGUUUUAACAAAUUUAAUCCGUUUGAAAAUGGCCAGUUAACAAACAGUUCAUAACAAAGCGACCAUACCCGAAACUAUUGCAAAUAACAAGUAACAAUUUAUUUAUAAAAUUCUGAUAUAAAGUACAAAAUCAAAUAUAUAGAAAUAACUAACUUACAGCACGUAAAUAUGUAUAAUGGAAAUGUAACAAUAUAAAUCCACACACAGAGGGAAAAACUUAUAAGUGUAAUAGGUCUCUUUGUAGCUCUGGUACAUCUCAGUUGACAGUCUUAUUUUUUAGUCUAUAAGGGCAGGCAAGUUUAUCUCUAUUUCGAACUAGAACCUUCUAGUGAGUUCAAGAGUAAACAGGGGUUAGAAUGAUGAAUAGCUUAAUACGUUAUUGUUAUGGAAGCAUUGACCUAAAUGGCUUUGAUAAACAAAAUAUUUUUAAGCUUUGUAUUAACACACUGAACAAUUUGAUCUACACACUGAACACUUUGAUCUACACAAUUAACACUUUGGUCACACAGUGAACACUUUGAUAUGGUUUCUUUUUCUCCUUUUGUCCUUAAACUUUCCACCUGGUUUUAAAAAAAUGUUCAACAACCCCAAAUUAUCAUGAGGUGAACCAUUUUCAUUAAUUUGUGUGAUUAUAAUUAAAGUUAAAGAUUAGUAUUUAAGUAACCAUGUAAUUUUGAACCCAAGUGCUAAAACCAGUUUUUUUUUUCAUCGAUUAACAUCGUGUGUUUUCAGCUAAGUCAUCAUCUCUAAGUUUAGCUGGAUUCAAUUAUGGAUACUUAAUUCCAGAAACUUAUCUGAAGUAAAAUCUUUUUUGAAAAACAUUCAUCUCGUAAAAUUUUGUCUAUCAAUGAAUCUGAGCGCUCGAAGCAUUAAAGCAAGGGACACUACUGUCUUAUUAACCAACAUUUUUUUUUUUAAAUUACUGUUAUGUUAUUCAACGUAUUUGUUAAAUGAUACCAUAUGGGUUCAGAAUUAUUGUUGCUUUAACAAAAUCAGUAAGAAAUCAUAUAAACUUGUUUUGAAAAUUAUGUAGACGUGAAGACGUGUGUUAAUUUUACCAGACCAAAAGAUUGAAACAAAAAUUAAAGUAUGUUUCAAUCAAAUCGGUGCAUCAAGAUUUCCAUCUGCUUCGAUGUGAAGGUCCCUUAUGGGGAAUUUUUGAAAUGACGCAAUCUAGACAAAUCUGUGUUCACCAGACGCCAACGUGUAACACGUUGUCCCAUAUUCACUCGGGGCAUAAUCGAUGUCCAAAUUCUGUCGGCUUUAUAAUCGUAGACAUAACAUAAAUUCAAUAGAAGAAUUUAAAUGUCUCGAUCGAUUUCCAAAAUCUGCCUGCUCUAUAAUCGUGUGCAUAACGUUUUUAAGUAAACCAUUCAAUAUAAGUAUUUAAAUAUCUCCUAGAAAUGACCAGUGGCCAUAGUUUAUUAGUAACAAUCGAUUUAAAACAAUUUGAGAUUAUUUUACCGGCCUUUCUCGUCAGUAAGCAUGUGUCUACAUGUUGUUUGUAUUAUAAUAAACGGAAAUUAAAAUUGUUCCCAGCUGUGCUAUUCGGGCUCACGUAUCGAUUAUGUGGUGAUUUGAAGCAACGCUUUUAGUCCACUGUCCAGAGCGUAGGACGUAUUUUAAAAAGUCUAGUUGUGUUCAUAGACAAGAACUUGUGAUGACGUAAUCUGGAUACUGCCCACUUUUCCUUAUUACGGCACACAAAACCGUUGCACUAUUACCUUGCCUCCGAUCCUUUCGAUCGAUCAUUCUCACCGUCAUCCAACUUGGCGUCAACUAGGUGGUGGUAAGUGCUGAUUCAAGAUCUUAAGGACAUAUCUUGAAUCUGAGUAAAUGACACGUUAGAUCUACGUGAUUCGGCUGCCCCCACCUCUGCAGUGUGCAGUGCAUACUUUUUAGUGCCAUGUGAAUAGUUUCUUCCUCCGCAUCGAAGUUCGAUGCCGCAGUCCCAUAGGGCCAUGAAAGCUUCUCAUUUGGUGGCCCUCCAGUUGGGUAUAGGAUGAGCACACCGUACCCUGCAUCUUUCUCUUCGUGUUUGGGCGAUCCGUCCGUGAAAACGUUCACUAGGGUUUCCACAAACCCUUCUAUGGCCCCAAGGGCAGCCGCUUUUUGAACAAGUGCAGGGCUGCAAUUCGUCACUGCUGUGUCGGUCAAAGCCAAACGUAUAUUGGGACGUGUAGGCUCCGUGUCUGCGGAGUUCGAUCGUCCUUUCAAGUGCUAUAACUUGGUGAAUAAAGGGGGAUAUUUUCAGUUGACUCCCGGCUCCGUUAUUCUGGACUUUAAAGCAUCCUUCUUUUUCAUUUAACCUCAUGUACCGUUCUACGGUGGUUAAUAUCGCCUUGUCCCUAGUUAUGUCUAGUGGUUCUACGGUGGUUAAUAUCGCCUUGUCCCUAGUUAUGUCUAGUGGUUCUACGGUGGUUAAUAUCGCCUUGUCCCUAGUUAUGUCUAGUGGUUCUACGGUGGUUAAUAUCGCCUUGUCCCUAGUUAUGUCUAGUGGUUCUACGGUGGUUAUCACACCCACAGCAGCCGUGGAUGUGGGUUUAAAUGCACCACAGAAGAAUCUCAUAGUUUGAUUCUGGAUCUGGCCCAAUUUUUCUAAUCCAGGUAACCUUUUCACCAGUUUGAGCUUGGUGGUCGCCUGGGAAUUCAAGUCUUGUACACAAUUAUGCAUUUGUACCUUUCGAUCUAGUUUGACUCCCAGGUAGACCUGUUGCACUCCCAGGUAGACUUUUUGCACUCCCAGGUAGACCUGUCGCACUCCCAGGUAGACCUGUCGCGUGUCCCAUGAUAACGCUACGUUGUUCACCUUCAGCUCGAUCACAUGUUUAAGAAUGGCACGACCGUUGGUCAAAUGCCAAUAGACCGUCUUCUCGAUUUUCAUUUCCAUCUUCCACCACCGCAUGCACCCACUGAUAGCUGAGAGGUCACGCUAGAGUAGCUCUUGCAGUCGGUUGGCAUCCUUACCGGUGCUCCCGAUGACCAAGUCGUCCCCAUACCGUGACUACUUGUUGUUUCUGCAUAAGACAGUUCAUUCAGUGCAGGUCGUACUGAGCAGAUGAUUGAUGCAAGUGUUUAGAGAAGGUUAAAGUAAGGCUAACGUGACGUUCAGGGAGGGUUAUAGUGAGGCUAGCGUGACGUUCAGAGAGGGUUAUAGUGAGGCUAGCGUGACGUUCAGGGAGGGUUAUAGUGAGGCUAGCGUGACGUUUAGGGAGGGUUAUAGUGAGGCUAGCGUGACGUUCAGAGAGGGUUAUAGUGAGGCUAGCGUGACGUUCAGAGAGGGUUUUAGUGAGGCUAGCGUGACGUUCAGGGAGGGUUAUAGUGAGGCUAGCGUGACGUUCAGAGAGGGUUUUAGUGAGGCUAGCGUGACGUUCAGGGAGGGUUAUACUGAGGCUAGCGUCAUGUUCAGCGAGGGUUAUAGUGAGGCUAGCGUGGCGGGGGGUGUACGGCUCGGUCCACCCGGAAACCUUACUUACUGUUAAAGUCUUUCUUUAUACUUAGUCCGGCACACAUGUCAGUUUGUGGCAAAAUUUUGGUUACGCUCGGUUGGUUCUUGACAUCGUCUGUCUCAUGACAUCGUCUGUCCUGAAAGGUCGGCUGAGUUGACACGUAGUUAGAGCUCCCGAACUGAUGUCCAGGAUUGCGCAGACUACAACAGCACUAAAAAAGCUCAAGAAAAUAUAGAAUGACAAAAAUAUCGCCCCCAACACCAAAAUCAGACUGAUGUGCUCAUUAGUCCUCUCCCUUUUCCUAUAUGCCUGCGAAUCCUGGACAUUAACAGCCGAUCUUGAAAGGAAAAUAAAGGCGAUGAGAAGCAUUUCAGAAGCAUUUUUGGCAUCUGCUAUAGGGACCAUAUCUCCAAUGAUACAGUGAAAGAAAGGGUUCGUCAGGCAAUUGGGGAGUAGGAUGACCUAUUGGUGACUGUGAAAACGCAAAUUACAAUGGUACGGCCACGUAACAAGGAAACAAGGGCUUUCCAAAGAAAUAUUGCAGUGCACCACAAGAGGAGGGAGAAGACAAAGAAAAAGAUGAGAGGAUAACAUCAAAGAGUGGACAGGACUAACACUGGGCGAUGCAGUGCUUAGUGCUGAAGACAGAGAGGAAUGGAGGAGGAUGGUUCACAUGUCAUCUGUGGCGCCCCAACGGUCCAAGGACUAAGGGACAUGAGGAUACAGCUCCCGUGUGCUGCGUCGAGGGCGGGGGGGGGGGUGGAUUAGAAAAGGUGAUUUAUAAAAACAACCACCCCCACCCCUUCAGCUUACAAUGUCCAAGGACUAAGGGACAUGAGGAUACAGCUCCCGUGUGCUGCGUCGAGGGCGGGGGGGGGGGGGUGGUUUAGAAAAGGGGAUUUAUAAAAACAACCACCCCCACCCCUUCAGCUUACAAUAACCUAGGACCUAACUAAAAGGUAUAGCAGAAAUUUCAGGUGUCCUGAUUGUGACCAGGUUAUUCCUUAUCACAAUUUGUCACCAUAACGACAGUUAGCUUGAACAGGCUACCACCAGGGCUGAAUAAUUUUAGUAAGCAAUUUUAUGAUAUAGUGCUGCUUAUAGUGACUGUAGCUUAGUUAAAAGCUUUGGUCUAAACAUUCACAAUUUUUGUAUUGUUACUUGUGACUUAUCUUUGAACCAUCUCAAAUAUCUUGCUGAUAUCAAAUCAACUGAAUUUAAAGUUUAAAUAAUGCAUUUUGAAUAUCAAUUUAAAUCAUUACCCUGGCUGUAGUCUUGUAAAAUAACAUUUAAAACACAAAAGCAAAGACCAAAAAGAAAACUGUAUUAUAAGACAAAGCUUUGCCAGUUAUAAUUUUAACAUAUUCCGACAUGCUUUUUUUUCUCAUGACUUUUUUUUUGUCAGCUAAUAAAUGAAAACAUAAAAUUUUUAUUCUGUGUUAAAGUUAUAUUGAUUUUAUUUGACUUGUCAGAUCAAUAAAGAAGAGAAAUUGAAUCCACUCAAGCAAGAUGUGAAAAAUGGAAAUUUAAGAUAUGUAAAAAAUGUCUUCCCUCAUCAUGGUUACAUAUGGAACUAUGGCGCCUUACCACAGGUAGGAGGAAUAUAGGGUAUACAUUAGUACAGGGUUUUCCAACCUUUUAUUAUUUUUUUUGUAUGGCCUGAAAAUGUUUUGACUAGGUCUCAAGCCCUCUACAAAUUUUUACUAGGUCUCACCCCCUAAAGGGUUAAAAUACAUUUUAAAAUUGGAAAAAAUGUACCUCAAAUUUAUGCCAUAAGGUGAAAUAUUAAUAAAAAAAAAUAAAUGUAUAUCCUAAAGUAACUCUAAUGAUCUUCUGCUUGAGCACCCUACGUUGCAAAACCUUGCCAUUGUUGACAUUUUCAUCAACUUAUAAUAAAAAUUUUGGUACACCCAGGUACGAAUUCAGGUCAGAGCUUGUUACACACCAAUAAUCUAAAGCCAUAACGUCUCAUGGCUCACUCAAAGUCCUUACUCCAAACCAUAUCUUCACAUACCCGGAAUUGUGCGUCACUAAUUGAAAGGUGUCUCUCCCAAGCAUUUCAGAAUUUCCUUAGUAAUUUUCCUAAAGUUUCUAAAUCAGCUGUUGAUUGGCUUUGGGAUAGUAAAUGUACAAAUAAACACUUGGGAUAGUAAAUGUACAAAUAAACACUUUGGGAUAGUAAAUGUACAAAUAAACACUUUGGGAUAGUUAAUGUACAAAUAAACACUUUGGGAUAGUUAAUGUACAAAUAAACAUGCAAAUUUAUUUGUAAUAUUAAUAUAUACCAUUUAAUUGUAGAGCAUGUAUAUUAAAAUAAGCUAUUGUAAAUUUUUUAGCUAGCACAUGGUAAAUUUAACAGUGCAGCCAAUUUAAAUGACACUACAUAAAUGCUAGCCUACUAGCAGUCACUAUCUGUAAUGAUAAAGUACUUUGGUAAGCAUAGGUUUGUACACAUUUGUAUUUAAACAUAUGUUCAAUACAUAUUGCUGGGAGAAGUUGUGUAGAAGUGACAGGCAGUGAUUUGGGAGGUGGAGGGAAAUGGUGUCAUUCAAGAUAGGUAGUUUGGGUAAAACUGUAUAUUAUUAGAUUGAAUGGCUUCAGUAUUGUUUGUCAUCAAUAUAAAAGGAAAUAUAACUAUAUAUAUACACACACAGAAAUAAUGUACACUGAAGACAUUUUUCCACUGCAUGUCUCAUAUCUUUCUAGGCCAAUGUCAUUCCUCCUAUCUUUUAACUUCUUUAACUCUGUUACCCUUCAUAACAAGCUGGGUGGCUAAACAUUAGGCUGCUGUUAAUUUACUGAGAUUGAAAGAUUAGUUGAAUAGAGCAGUCUUUUCAACUGAUGAAUUGCAUGUAAUUGAAAUGGCAGGAGUUAAAUCCCCAUGGUAAUGGUGGUUGUCAUGGUAGGUCAUGCCUGCUAAUUGCAUCUGAACUUGAGAGCAAUUUAAGGUCAUGGAAAUGUUGAGGACUGGGGAGGUUAGUCCAAUUACUAAAGGCAUUGAUUUAUUGCUGAGCCUUUGAAAUUCAACUCUCUCUUCCCUAGCAUGUGUAGCAUACAAACCCAAUGUUUUUAAUGAAUUUUAAAUGCAAAUUUAUAUUUUGACUGCUUGAGUUUUUGCCCUGUUCUGUUUAGUAUUUUGAAUGACCACCAUCCUUCACAUUUUUCUUCGAUGCUUAUUCCAUUCAUUUUCUACUCAACUUCAAAAUUAUAAACAUCUUUGAGAUUGAGGACCCAAAUGGUGGUCCAGCCUUAUGUUGCCUGUCCGUAUGACAUAAGUCAAGAAACUGGGCGGGAUUGUAUGUUUGAGUCUUGUUCCAAAACAAACUCAACCUGAAAUCAUGCGCUGUAAAUUGGAAGUUUUAAAAUUCAUUUUAGGGACAUUUUUCUCUUCAAAAUUUGCAUAUGACAUACAAACCUUAUGUGAAACAACCUUAAAUUGGGAGGGGGAUGAGAGUAUGUUUAAUCCAAUCUAGGACCUAGACUCUUGCUUUUUAAAAUUCAAAACUGCCUUAACAAAACAAAAAAAAGAAGCUCUUCAACGUUGCUAGCAUUAAAUGGUAAUAGCGGUUAGAAUCCUAUCCAAAUGGCUGAUUAUGAAUAUGGUUUAACAAAUUUUGUUUGCUCAUAUUUCAAGUCAAUUAAAAAAAAAAUCUGGCACCCAUCCCUGGUACAUUGGUAAACUUGUCCACUGGUCCGCACUGCUAACAGUUUGAAAAACGCUGGUUUAUAAGAGCUAUUGUGAGUUGUUAAAGUUCCAGAAGAGAUUUUAAAUGGUUUUUGUUUUUACAGGAAUAAAAAAUAUUUCUAGCAACACAAUGUAUUUUAGUAACAGUAUAUGACAAGACCAACAUCUCCUGUUUGUGUCCCAUAUUUCAGACAUAUGAGGACCCGGCUCAUGUAACACCAGACACUGGAGCUAAAGGAGACUCAGACCCCAUUGAUGUUUGUGAAAUUGGUCACAAGGUAAAAGACGAAAUACUUUCUUCCCCCUUAAUUUCUGGUGAACCCAUAAAUCAGGCAUUGGAGAAAUGUAACAGCAUUUGAGAAAAAUGUGUUCUUUAAAGUUGUGAGAGGAAAAUAUAUAUUUAUUUUUUUUUAGAAAAACUAAAUUUAAAAAAAUUUAAAAACUCUUAAUUUCUCAUCAAUACUUAAAGCAACUUAUUAAAAUACGUUUUAUUUAUAACGCAAAAAUAACAUCAAUAAUUAAGAAUCAUUUGAAUGAGUUUCCGGUUCCUAUCUUUCUUUUUAAAAAAAAAUUCAUUUUAAAAUUGAUCGGUAGUCAACACAUUUCACAGCAGGGUGCUUAAGAAAAAUUACUCAAGCCAAUACAUUAGUUGUGAUAUGUUUUUCAGAUUCAUUCCAGGGGGUCAGUUGUUCCAGUCAAAGUUCUAGGAGUCAUGUGCCUUAUAGAUGAGGGUAAGUUAAAGGCGCUACACAACUCAUUUGUUCUGGUAGUGUGUCUGUAGGUAGGAAUAGCUGAAUAAUGCAUGAUAACUUUGGCAAGUCAUUUAUUGUUAUGACGCAUGUCAAAGUAAUCAUGACACAUUUAUUCAACGGACUGUCGAUUUUUUUAUUUUAUAUUCAUACUAUAAGAAAAAAAUGUAUACAUAUAUUUUGAGCAAAGACUGAUUUGGGUGGUUAGUGGGGCUGGGGGAAGGGGGUGGGGUGAACAUUUUAUUUGUGGACAAAUACAGAUUUCAUGUUGAAAAGGUUUUAAAAACUAAUCAGUGUAUAGUGUCAUUGUAUCAUCCAUGGGUGUGAACGCUAGUAUUCACAUUGUUUUAAUUGUUCAAAAACUUUAGUCAUCAUCUAUUUACAUUUGGCAGAGCAUUUAAUAUUUUAAAUGAUGAAGUUAUUACAGGCAUGCUCAAACAUGGAACAGACAUUUAGAAUUCUUUUGACAUAUUAUGUUCCAGGUGAAACUGACUGGAAAGUUCUAGCUAUUGAUGCCACAGAUCCUCUAGCUCUUAAACUCAAUGGUCAGUUCAAAUAGUCCACUGUUUUAUUUAAACAAACCCAGAUGAUAAGACAAUAAGAACCUGCUGUAAUUAACCGAUAGACAUACUCUGUUCAUGAUAUAUUUGUACUAGAUGUGCGCAUUAAAUAUUCAUCAUUAGAGUAGGUAAACUGAAUUAAUAAACAAAAUUGUUUAAAUCUUGAACAUUUUUUUGCCACCUAUAAAAGUGCCAUUUUCAUAAGCUUAUACCUGUGAAAGUGAAUCACUUAAACUCACUCACUUACGCUCAACACACACCUACAUAUCUAGGGAACAGACUCAAUUUUUUUCAAAGGUAAAAAUAAAUUCAUCAAAUUUUAUUGUAAUGAAAAUGGCGUUUCCUCACAUUUUGAUAAAACAAAAAAUGGAGGUAAACGCAAAUGUGUAAAUUUUUUUAAAAAUCAUUAAAAAUUAACUGAUAACAAAGCGUACAUCAUAACUCUAUCAAAAUGUAGGUGAACUAAAGCUCUAUGUACAGCCUCUGUAACUAUAACUAUGUAUAUUUAAAAUACAAAUAUGAUUUUAAAAAUUGCAGGGUUUCACAUGAAGCUGAAAAUCAGUCAUUAAAAACAAUAUGCAAAAAUCAAUAGUUCUACCCACAGUCAAGCUAAUUAUAUCAAAAUACAGAGUAACUACAGCUUGACAUAUUUAAAGAGUCCAUGCGCCCAUUACUUAUUUAUAUAUAAUACAAGCAUGGCUGGAAAAGUGCAAGGGUUCACAUCCAGGGAAAAGUUAUAUUUUCACAAAUGUUUUUAAAAAAUGUAGCAAUUACCCGGCACUAAUAUUACAGCUUCAAAUAAAACUAUAUAGAUAUCUAGAAUAACUGAGGCUAAACAGUCAGUGUGCCUGUAACAUUUAUUUAUACAUACUAGACACAAAACAUUUUGCACCCCCAACAAAUCAACUUUUAGAAAAUAACUAAAAUUGUCCUGCAUUUUAUAAAAAGUAUUUUAACACGCCUUGAUUAGAAAAACUCCUGCUCCAUGAGCUGGUCUAACAGAACUGAAAAAUCUGAAUAUUCUUUUUUGAAAGAAUUUGGAUAAUUUUUGGAUUUGGAGAAUUUAGUAAUUACAAAAGAUGAUAGGGUAGGGCUUAUGCAAUUUAAAACCUUGAUCCAAUUUACAUAAUCCAAUGUUGAAAGGGUACUACUAACUUUUCCCACUCACUUUUGAAUGUAUAAUUUGUACAUUUUUAACUUAGAGCCAAGAUUUUUUUGUUUAAAAAGGGCCUGCUGUAAUUACUAUUGUUAUUUAAAGAUAGUCAUUGCGGCACAUACAUUAGUUAUGGACAAUGAAGUAUUUUUUUUGUUUUGGUUACAGAUGUUUCUGAUAUUGAAACCCACUGCCCUGGUCUAAUUAGGGUAAGUUCUUGUUAUUCAAGACAACUUGUUUUGAUUAAAUGCAUAAUAUACCCCCUUCAAAGGUGGCCCAAAUGCUACCUGGUAACCCCCUUGUCUCUUUUUUUUUUCCACCAUUGCCAUUUAAAUAUAUGCUUGUUACAGCAAUAAUUCAUUGUAUAGAGAUUCACCAUGAUAUCAGUACAGCAAACUGAGAUUCACUAUGAUAUUAGUACAGCAACUGAGAUUCAUUACGUUUUGUCCCUAUUUGGUUAUAACUGAAAACCUUUUUUUUUUAAUCAUUUCACUUUGUUUUCUAAAUCAGUGCAUCUUUUAAAAACUUUACCCAUUCCUGAAUGCAUUUAAUUAUUGGUCUGAUAUAGUUAAUAUUUCAAGUCCAAAUGAAACAAAUAAUGCUAAUAAUUAAAAUACAGACCUACAGUACUCCUCUUUGGUGAGGCCUCAGAUUACAUAAAUGUGGGCAGCCUAAUGAGCACUGGGUAUUGUUCUAUGGAUCCUUGAUUAUUUGUUUAGUUCUAUGGGGAAUGGAGUAUUGGCAGAUACAUUCCUGUUUUUUUCUUAAUCUCUAUCUGUAUUGCCUGCAACAUGAAGCUAUAUAAAAAUAAUAAUUGCUUUGAAAAGAUCUUUUUAAAUUUAUGUUUCAUGCAAGCAAAUUUCUUUUAAAAAUCUAAUUAAUUUUUUAAUGGACUUCUUUGACUUCUUUCAGGCCACCUAUGAAUGGUUUAGAUAUUACAAGGUUCCAGAUGGCAAGCCUGAAAAUCAAUUUGCUUUUAAUGGAGAAGCAAAGAAUAGGGUAUGUUGUAUAGUUGGUGCAACUGAUUGAGUAUGAUUGUUACAUACUGUGCUGGUGGGAAUGGGGUUUGAGUAUGUACAACCUUUUGGAGGCGGCCGCUGCUAUUUUAAGCUCAUUUGUAUACAUGUGAAACGAGUCAAAUGAAAGCAAUAAAAAAAAACAUUUUGGCUGAACCCACUAGUUCCACUUUUCAUCUGCCCAAAUUCAUACACACACACUUCUUACUGCCUUUCAUGGCAUUGCUUGUUACAGUAGUAUGCCCAUUCAGGGUGCCUGGAAUACUAACUCCAAUUCAGCAUGACUUCUAAAGUUUACUUCUAUUCUUGCAAGAACAUAAUUCGACUUUUUACAGAAAUCCUAAUAUAUUUUUCUUAUUUGGUUAAAAAUUUAUGUGAGUUCUCCAUGGCUUUCCAAGCUCAUUUAACUUCUCUAAAUAACUAGAUUUUUGUUAUUGUGAUUUUCAAAAUUUCAUUAAUUAAAAAAAUAUUUUUUUUUUUAAAAAUAGUUUUUUCUUCAAAAUAUGUACUUAUCCAAUUGUUAUGCCCCUUUAAUUAGCCAUGAGACGUUAACAUCAAAAGUAGUGUAGAGAGACUUAAAGUCUUCACCAUCAUACUAUAUCCAAAAAUAUGUAUUAGACCCUUUAAUUACCACAGGAUAAUCUUACAAUGAUACUAGCCUAUUAACAUAUCUGAAUUAGCCAGUGCAUUUUUGACAGUGAUGUUUCGAAAAUAAAGUCAUUGUUAAAGAUAACUGGUUACCCUACUAAUAAUGAACUUAGCCAAUCAUGUCGAUAAAUGUGAUAACAUCCUGAAAAUAAUUCAAAUAAAACUAGAUGACAGGACAUAGUAAGUAGUGUAGCUAGUUUUGAACCACCUUGGCUCGUCCUUGAGUUUUAUGAUCUUUCUUCUGAUAGACAAAAAGCCAUUCCACAUCAAACUUGUCCACCUGCAGAUCAAGGGGGACAAUAUCAAGUAGACUGUCAAGUUCAUCCUUUUUGUGUUAGUCAACCAGAGACCCUGAGAGACCUGUUCAGUGGUCACAGUCACACUUGUAACUUUUGUAAAAUGCCUAUUGAGAGACCAGUAUCUUAUCACAAAGAAAGCAAAUGAAACUGAAGCGUUGUGAUUUCUUACAACUGACCAUUUUAGUCGUGUACUGCUCUCAAACUUUGUUUCUUUUAGGAUUGGACGUUUUGGAAGUUCCAAUAAUUGCCCUUUGUUUUGGAGCUAGACUAAGUGCAAGUUCAAAUAAUUCCCUUGUUUUGGAGCUAGACUAAGUGCAAGUUCCAACAGGAAUUUUAAUUAUUGCCCUUUUUUAAUUUAAAAUUAAAACCUCAAAUUAUUUAAGUAAAAAAAAUUAUACCACACCUGAAUGUGUUCUGUAUCCAUCUGAAUGUGUUCUGUAUCCAUCUGAAUGCGUUCUGUAUCCAUCUGGAUGUGUUCUAUAUCCACCUGAAUGUGUUCUAUAUCUAGGAUUAUGCACUGCAAGUUAUUCAAGAAACCCAUGAGCAGUGGAGUGGCCUUGUCAGUGGUGAUGGCACUUCUCCUUUAUCAAGGUAAGUUUAUGCUGUUCUGUUAACUGCCAAGUGAGUCUCAGAUCCUGCAAUAUUCCAGAAAACCAAAAGAGAUGCCCUUUCCCAACAGUUCACUUGUCAUGAACUAUCCCAGACAGAUACCGGGUAUCACUGAUACCUACAUAAGAUAUACAAAGUUCCUUUAAGUCACUGAAUUAAAUAUUAUUGAUCUAGAAAUUACAUACAAUGUAACAUUAUUAAAAUUAUGCUUAAGAACCAAAAUGUGCAUUUUUUCCAUGUUAGCUUGAGUGUCAGUAGUGUCACUAUUUGUUGAAUGUUAUUUUAGAGUGAACACUGCUGUAACAAACAGCCCACACAAGAUUGAAAAGGAUGAAGCUCAGCAGAUUCUUGAAACUGUAAGUUUACACAUUCAUUCUUGAUACUGAAAAAGUCUCAACCAUCUUGUAUGGAAUUUGGUAAUUCACUUCAUUUAUAAUUGUUCUCACCACUUAAUGACCAUUACACCAAACUGGUUUCCAAUGUCAGUGUCACAGGUUCCCUGUGUCACCAGAUCCAAUGAUUGAAUUCACAUCUACAAAUGAAAUAUUGAUACAUAUCCCAUCACACCUUUUACAUGUAACUCAUUUGCUUCUGAUUUUGGAAAACUCUCAAGAGGCUAAUACUAUUUUCAAUUCCUGUUACUAUUAGGAACUUAAAAUAAUCAGGACCUUGUUCUUCCCUUUGUUUGUUUGACCUAUUGGGCAUACUUAUAUAAAGAUUAAACUUAACUUGUCACAUCCAUUUGAAGUAUUUUCAUUUAAUAAAACUCUCGGCCAACUAGCCAAUAGUACAACCCUGACUUAAUCGAUAAUACACAAUCCUAAUUGAAUCUUAGAAAUUUACUAGUAAAUUGAGGAAAACAAUAUCACUUUGUAAAUUCCUAUGAUUUAUAAUUUACAUGGAUCAGUUUUGGUGCUCCAUUUAAAAAAAAAAAUCAAGGUUUAAUGGUUUGAUUUGGAUCUUAUUUUUUUUUUUUCAGUCUGCUGCACCAGGACCUGCAGCAGAGAUUAGUCAAAAAGGUAUGUGGUCAAUUGAUUCUUUUACUGGCCUAUGGGUAUCUUGGUUUCUCUGGGGCAUAGUUUUGGAGGUUUUAGUUUUAUCAACUGACGAACUACUUGUUUACCGAAGUGACCUCCCAGUUCCAGCUGCUUCACAACAAGCCAGACACUAUUUUAAAAAAUUAAGUUGUCGGAACUAUUGAUACCAUUAUAAAUUGGUUGGAGUGCAUCACUUAUUUUAAUUUUAAUAAACUUAAUAGCUUUCCAAUUUGAGCAGUGGAUCUGGAAAUUUAUUUUAUCCAUAGGACCUUAAUUGCUGUAAUGGGUUGCAAUCCGGGAUCCCGAAUAUCAAAAAUACCGGGCCAUAACGAUGCUUGAAAAAAACUGGAUUGUUUUCUCUGACACUGGAUGAAUCAAAUAGUUAGGGAAAUUGUUGCUUUAUGAACAUAAACAUUCAUAGCCCUAUGUUAACCAGUGAAUUUGUAAAUCUUGGCCCAGUAAGAGUGAUUGGCAGCAUGUCGGCCAGAACUUGUUUACAAGUGUUGGUAAACAGGCUACCUGCUUUUGAAUUGUUAUUGAAAGAUGAUAAAGUCUGCAUAACUCCUGACGUUGCUAGUGUGACAUCAACCUGUAGAAAGCGAUUCUGAUGAUUCUGACUGAUGAUGAUCGUGACAAAUUUGACUAAAACUUAAAUCAAAAUAAUGAAUUCAUUUUCAAAGAUUUAAUCGGGAAAGUGCAAGAAAUUGCAACAAUUUUCAGAGAGUCGCCUAGCAAAAGUACGAUUCUCCAGACAUAUGGAAGAAAUUGGUUGCAGCUUAAUUUAAUUUUAGAUUGCAGCACAGGAUGAAAUCAUUUAGCAGACAUGUUAGGAAGGAUAGUGAGACUAAAUCAUCCUAUGCUAAUAUUUGGUAAUGUCUGAAGUUAGACAUUAGUGUUAUUGUUAAAAGGUUAUUAAAAAUCAAUUAGCUAAUUUUUUUUUACAUGUUUUUAUUUUAUUGUUAAAUCACCACCUAAUCUCGACUCUAAAUUCUCUGAAUAUUCACAAUAUCAGGAUUCCGGCAUUCGUAAACCUCCAUAUCGAAAAUACCGGUUUUGGUAAAAGGGACUGGUUUUGCGACCCCUUAAUUGCUGUAAAUUAGGUGGAUUUUAAAAAUAAUUCUCUUUUUUUAAUUUCAGAAAACAUGUGGUAUUAUGUUAUACCAGGAAAAUAACUUGCUCAUCCAUUACACAUGAUUCCAAGCAGCUCAAGAUAUGGAGCUGACACCAUCUUGAAAUCAACAGUCCACAUAUAUCUAGUUUUGAAAUAUUAUUUAGUAAAAAUAAAUUGAAAGCAAAACAUUCAAACAAAAUUCAUUGAUUUGCUCAAUAUAAAGCUUGUACCAAGUCAUAUUCUCUUGAACCAAGUCAUAUUCCCUUGAGCUUUCAGUCUUAAAGCCAUCAAUUGGGUAUAUUUUGUUAGACUAAGGAUUUUUUUACAUUUAACAAAUUUUGUAUUGAAUUUACAAUUAAAAUACAUGAAUGGCCUAAUGAUCUUUUUACCAGUAUAAAUUUUGUGUUUAAUAAUUGGUUUACCUAUUUUAAUAAAUAUCCUUAAAAUACACAUUACUUGUAUAACAAAUUGUGACAUAAUGCUAGUUUAUCCUGAUAAAUGAUCAGAUACUGUAAACUCAUGCAUUAAAAAGGUUGUUUAUUAUUGUAACUGUAAGUUAGUGUAAGCAAAUGGUUCUUAUGUAUGUCCUAAAAUUUUGUGGGGGAUUGAUCUGUUUAUUACAAUGAGGGUUUCAUGAAUGUAAUAUUUAUGUACUGAUGCCGUAAUUCUAUUGAAUUUUGUUGACCAAGUGAUAGAUAUUAGUAUUCUUGAAUUAAGUUAGUUGCUUUUGUGAUGAAAAGUUGUGGUAAACCAUGUAUUGUCCAAUGGGAAACACAAAAAAAUAACCAGAAAAUAAAAUUUUUCUUAUAGAUCUGGUUUUC